AUGUUGUGUACUUUUUCGACUCUUGUUGAUGGAAAUUUUAAAUGCGGUGUUAGCCAGGAAUAUCCUGGUCAAUACGAAUGUAUACCUCUUGGUAAAUGCGAACGAGACAUCACGAGACACCUGGAAAUGUAUGGCCUCAGUGAAGAUCCAUCGUUGGAAAGUGAAAGGAAACUGCUACUAGCUCGUGUAGGUCAGUAAACGACAAGUGGUUGAAUUUUACUUUGUUUUGAUGUUCUGUCAGCACCUAACACAAUUCUAAUUCCGAAGGUUUUUUUCUAAUCAGGAAUUUUUUCGCCGGAUGUGUCUCAUGACCUUAUAACUAUAUGUCCCCGUCAUCGGGCGGAAUAUGGUAUAAGAUGGAGAACAGGGAAAACUAUGUGUUCGGUUCCAAGCCCAAUGAUCGCACAUAAGUCAGCAAAAGUAAAAGGAACACGCAGAAUAAGCAGUCAACUAUCUUCACUUAUUUUGAAGGAAACAGGCCAGCUAAUUGUUGUUGGAUCGCGUAAGUGAUUUUUACGUUAUGUCUUGUAAUUUUACUGAAAUUCUUAGGAGAGAUUGAACGCUCUGACUCUGUUAGUAACAAACAGCGGCUGGGUAAGGAAGUGAUGGAAUACAGGGGUGGUUUAUUCACCAGCUGGAAGUUCGGCUUUGUUUUUGAUUCUCGGCCGCAUGACCUUCAACUUCCUGCGCUUGAGCUUUUGCACAUUGCAUUUGAGUUCUUUAUGGAAAACUGAUACCAAGUUCAGGAGCCCAUAAGAAGAACCCCAUCUCUAUUAAGCCACCCCUCAGGGGAGUAGGUCCCCCAUCUCUAUUAAGCCACCCCUAGGGGCCUUAAUCGAGGAUUUUCUAACAUACUAUUAUUUCACAUUAGCUAUUUGCUCGACUUGCUUUGGACAUCUGACGAGGGAAGAGGAAAAACGUCUAGUGGGCGCUGGAGCAAUAAAGAAGGGAUCAGAAGGACCUAAGGAAGCUAAAGCUGAAGAGGAGAAGUUAGAAGGAUCUAUGGAAAGUGGGGAUGAAGUAAAGAAUUUAGAAGGACUCUUGGAAACUGGUGAUACAAGGCUGGUAUGUUGAUAAGCCUAUAAAAUAGGUUAUUUACUCAAAAUAUUUCUCCGUUAUUGAUUGGCUCAAACCCCCCCCGCCCCUAACCCCCACCCAACCUCCCCCCCUAUUCUUUGUAAACAGCAAACAUUGACGACGAUUGUGAUAUCUUGAAAAAGAUGUCAAUAUCACAGGAAAGACGCCAGAAAAAGAAAGGUCAAUUGAGAAUUACUGGGGUCGAGUCGAGGUUGCCACUAAGCGUAAGCCAGUUCCUGUAACGCAUGAAGCACCAAAAGAAAUGAUUUUAGGCAGACCGAGGAAGGUGAAUUCGGCCGAGGCUGAAAGGCUGAACUUCAACCCAAUCAAACUUAAAGAAGCAAAAAGCUGUGAAUAAAGUGCCAUCAAACGAGCAAAUUGUUCACCUGCGUCUUCGAUGCGGUUUUUUUUUUUGUCAAACUGUAUUAUCCUCUUAUCCUUACAAAAUCGAAAAAUGCGGCAAACCGGUUUAAACUGUAAUGGGAAUUAAAAGGAUUCUCUAAUUUUUUAUUUAUUUUAAACUGUGUAGGAAACUGAGGAGGCGACAUCUGCAGACAGUGAUGUCUCUAGUGCUGUCCUUGGUGCAUUAAGCAAGUUGGAAAUGGCCGAUGAGACCUUUUUAAGCCCUGAAACCAGGAGCACAACGUCUACUCAAAGCGAUGAAAUUGUUCCCUCCCAAGCAACAGCCGCAGAAAUGCAGCGUAGCCUUCUGAAUGAGUUCUUGGUGGCUUGGAAUAUACCGCCGCUUCAAAGAAAAUGGUUGGACUUUAGCGGUUGCAGUGAAUCCACUAAACAAAGGUAUACAAGAAGAUCAAGCGACAUCGUAGCUGCAGUGCUAAAAACAAUUUCUCCCGAAGAUGCUGGCCUUAUUUGGAGAGCCAUGACAUCAACAGCUUCCAUGAAUAAGUUGCUUGGUAUUGAAGAUAUCUCAAAAGCAGAUCAGCGUUACCUAGAAGCCCUAACAGAAGCGUAUAAUAACGCCGAUAGCUGGGAUACCCGCCGACAAAUCCUUUCUGUAAUGACUGGUGUUGCUGGUUUUAAAAUUUUAGCCGGGUAGGUACCGGUACUCUAUGGCAAAUCUGCACCGCCUUCAGUUUGGUCGAGGCGCACCUGUACCUCCUCGGGUGUCAACAAGAAUAAAAGUAGAUCUAAAACAGUUAGAUCAUUUUCCGUGCUUUAUCACAAGCCCACACUUAGUACAAGAUCUUCCGCUCGGACAGAAACAGUUGACUCUUUCGACGGGUCACGUCAUUAAAGUCCCCAACGUGAUAAGAACCAUGAUACCUCAACGAAUCGUGCGUCAAUAUACUCAGUACUGUGAAGAGACUGGCUUUAAGCCUUUUAGUCAAAGCACGAUGUUGCGCGUUUUGUCUCAAUGCAGUGCGUCAGUAAGAAAGUCUCUUCAGGGACUCGAUUACUAUGCCGCGGAUGGUACGCGAGCAUUUGAUGACCUGAUAUCACUGGUGCGUAAAAUAAAUGAAGUGGAAAGUGACAUGGAUUGGGAAAGACGAAUGAUCGAGUCGCUCAAAGCUGCUAAGCUUUAUCUAAAAGGAGACUACAAGGUAUGUUUUAAGCAAACAGAAAAAUUUGAUGGUUAAUGCAUUAAUAAAUUUGGAGUAUUGAUAAGUAUAGGUACAUUUCACCUCAGUUCCCGCCUAAUCGUUAGUUACCUAUAAGAUACUGGAGACAUCAUUGUUUACAAACAUUGUAAUUUGUAACGAGUGAAACAAAAUAGUCUUUUGUUACAAGAACCAAAGCGCUUCUACCCUGGAAGAGACUUUUCUUGCCUGGUUUCCGGUUUCUGUAAAGCCUUAACAGUGAGCCGCAUUUUUCUCAAGACUUCGGCCGUCGGCCGACGCCGAGGAUUCCCGCAGGCCCUCCGCGCGCGAAAAAAACCCUGGUACCCAGGGUAAUGCACUUCUUGUUGGCACAUUAAUUAUAUCAAUAGGUGAGGUAAGCUUGAGUAUCGCUAUAUCCUCAUCCCAUGUGGGAAAACGUUUGUGUGAAAAGCGUAUAACUUGGGUAGCAAGCACAUACAGGCGCAAAAAAUGUGAACCGCUGUUGUGGAGUGUAGGUGAUCGCCCGAAAUAAGUUGAUUAAAUGAGGCUUAUUGCUUUUGCAAUGAAUUGAUUUGUUUGCAGGUGCAUUUGGAGAAGGAAGCUAGCAUACCAGAUCACCGUGUAGCGUUUUCAUUGAGCGAUGCUAGCGAUCCAGACUACCUGGUGCAGUGCCAACACAAUAACGAAGAUAUCUGUGAGCAGUGUGAAGCGCUAAACGAAACUUUAAGGGAAACUGACAGUCGCAUUAACUGUUGCCAUUUUUCAUCUGAUGACGAGCGUGAAGAAGCGAUUUACAUUAUGCAGUCAUCGAAGCUUGCCAUCCGUUCAUGGCAGUGCCACAUAUUACGAUCAUUUAACCAAGACCAUGCGCGACUGGACUUUCUUGACCUUCUUGACAAUGAGACAGUACUCAUUGUCAACGACUGGGCGAUGAAGUUUCUACCACAGAGGUACCGAGAAUCGCAGUCUGACUGGUUCGGAAAGCAUGGCAUAUCUUGGCACAUUUCCGUGGUCUAUAGAAGAUCUGACAGUCAGUUACAGUGGCAAGGAUAUGUUCACAUCAUCCAGUCAUGCAGUCAGGACAGUACCUCUGUGAUAUCAGUCAUGCAGGAUGUGCUUCGCUCUAUCAAAUCCGAGUAUCCAAACGUAACGAAGGCCUAUUUUCGGCAGGACAACGCUGGAUGCUAUCAUUCGUCCGCAACGAUCCUUGCGUGCCCUGUAGUUUCGAGUUCUACAGGAGUCCAGAUCAGACGCAUUGAUUUCAGUGAUCCACAAGGCGGUAAGGGAGCUGCAGAUCGCCUUGCAGCCACAUGUAAGGCUCACGUGCGCAUUUUCAUCAAUGAAGGCCAUGAUGUCACGAAUGCCACUCAAUUAAAAGACGCUCUUGUCUCACAUGGAGGAAUUGAUGGCGUCCGCGUAGCGUGUCUGGAAGCAGUCACAACGGCAUCACCAAUCAGCGAACCAGCGAAGAUCCACCAUGUCAGUAAACUCAACAACUUUGAGUUUACAGAAGGUGGUAUCAAAGCAUGGAGGGCAUAUGACAUUGGCAGAGGAAAAGAAAUCAAAGCCGAUACUUCGACAACAGGUAACGCACAGUCUUGAAGUUUUUGUUUUUGUUGUUUGUAUUUGGGACUGCCGACUAUUUUAAAUUUUCAUUAAAAAAACUUAAGGAUAGCUAAGAAACCCCUACGUAACCGGGAAGAUCAACUCAAAAGCAAUAAGAGCAAUGGAAAAAAUAAUACCAAUAUAGCAAUACAUACAAAGCUCCUUAAACUGAAACACAAUAAAAUAAUAUCUAUCUCUACACUGAAUUUGUUCGUUUACCCAGUGUCGUUUUGACACUUAUAAAUUUCCCUAUUUACAGAAUCCGAAAACAGGUGGCUAGAAUCUACAUUUUCUCCGGGGAAAUUCAAGUCUUUCGGCCAUAAAGAGAAAAAGCAUGUUGACCACGACGAGUCUCCAAAACAAGAGAGAGAUCCAGUGACGUACAGGAGAGUCAGACCAACCAUGGUUUAUACACUUGCCCCGAGAGUGGAUGUACAAGGGUUUUCCAAAGACAUUUGGCAUUAA